UAUUGAGACAACAAGACAUUAAUAGCAGCGUAAUAGAUCGGAUUCCUGUCUGUGAGCAGAACUGGAUCGUUUUAGCCGUAUAAUGACGCUGAUGUGAGUGUUUACAACAACAACAUGUUCAGUUCGGCCACUUAGAGUUCGUUAAAAAACGACCGAAGAAGAAGAAAUGGAUUCAGAUCACAGGCUGCUGGAUCUGAACCAAACACCUCAAAUAACCCGACACGGAGCAGAUCGUCUACAGCAGAAUUUCACAGAUCAUCAGGAUGGGAACUCUAAUGUGAACCAGGAGAAAGAAGAACUUGUUCAGAUUAAAGAAGAAUGGGAUGAACUGAAACCGCUGCAGAUGACAGACAGCAAGAAGCAGCAGGAACUUCUGAAUGUAACCGAGAACCAGGCGGCCCUACAACAUCAGGGGAUAAAGGAAGAACAGGURGAACUACAAGUUCUGCAGGUCAAAGAGGAACAUGAGGUGGAACAAGAGACUCCGCACAGAUCGCAGAACCAUGUGGAGCGAGAGAAUCAGCACAUAAAACCAGAACCAGAGGAACUGGAAAUCCUGCAGGUGAAAGUGGAAGAGAUGGAAAUGUGUAUUAGUCGGGAUGGGGAGAAGGUCUCACUGAAGCAGGAGGCYAAUUCCUUUGAGGAAAGASACUGUGUGGAACCAGAACCAAUCAGGAAUGGASYCGACUCCCAGGACUCUCCAGAAGCUGAGAACCWGAACCAGGAAGGGAGCAAUCCUGAAGACUCMGAAUCAAGCCGGGACGAGAACCUGUAUUCCUGUGAAGUUUGUGAUAAAUAUUUCACACUCAGCAGUUACUUAAAUGAUCACAUGAGAACUCACACAGGUGAGAAGGCGUUCGCCUGUCUGACCUGUGGAAARACGUUCACUCAGAGAUGUAACCUGACCCGUCACAUGAGAGCUCACACGGGCGAGCGACCUUAUCCAUGCGAAGUGUGYGGCAAAGGUUUCAACGACAGYGGGGAUUUAACUCGUCACAUGAGAACACACACGGGUGAGAAACCUUUCUCGUGUGUGACYUGUGGGAAGGGUUUUACCAGGCAGAUCAGCCUGACCGCUCACAUGAGAAUACACACGGGUGAGAAGCCUUACCCAUGUCUGUCCUGUGGGAAAAGUUUCACUCAAAGCAGCGCCUUAACCGUCCACAUGAGAACCCACACGGGUGAAAAGCCGUAUCCCUGCGGGGUGUGUGGGAARCGUUUCUCCCGGAGCUGCCACCUAAACGUCCACAUGAUCACUCACACAGGCGAGACAUUCCCGUGUCUCACSUGUGGGAAACAUUUCACCCACAACAGUGCCUUAAACGUCCACAUGAGRAUUCACACAGGUGAGAAGCCGUAUCCGUGUGGGUUGUGCAGCAAGUCCUUCUCUCGGAGUAGCCUACUGACUGUUCACAUGAGAACGCAUUCGGGAGAGAAGCCCUAYCCAUGCGAAGUGUGUGGGAAGUAUUUCUCACGGCGCAGCCACCUGACAGAUCACAUGAGGACCCACACGGGGGAGAAGCCUUUCUCCUGUCAGACCUGUGGAAAGUGUUUCAGUGGCAGGCAUAGUUUGAAGUUUCACAUGGGGACUCACAUGCGAGAAAAUGUUUAACCUGAGAAAUCAUAGAGUUCAUUAAGCUGCACUUCUUGAGCRCUUAUAUAAAUAAUUGAUCUUGAAAGCUAAAAGAGUAAAAGUUUCAGUUAAUUCAAAAGUAAAUAAUAAAACUUAUAUUUAUAACUUAUUUUAUCUUUUAAACRUUUAAAAAGAAAUAUAUGUAUUUUUAAGUGUGAUUAUUAAUGUUUGUGUGUUAUUUGUAGAAUAGRGGUGAUCGACACUGCUAACUAAAAAGUUAGCUCUGCUAACCCCACAGCACUAAUCAUAAACAAACACUAAAGCACUAGUCCAACACGGUAUUUAGUCGAAGCUAUUGCUAAAACACUAAACUCAAUCAUGGUGGWACCCACCAUGUGUUAACCACAUGGCAUGGAGUAUGUCGGCCUAUAAGAGGUGACAUCUGUCGCGACACGCCUACCUGUAAGGUGGCACUUCAGGAGGAGAUUCUUUAGAACAGACAUYUCCCCUCAUGGUUUCAUUUUUAUAGUUGUUGAGUUUUGCUAACACUAAUUAUGUUGCUAAUUUUGCCUAAUUGACCRRUCAGAAAGCACACAGCACAUCAAGAAGAUUUUAAACAGUAGAACAGUAAUGCAUUAUGGGUACAGAAAAUKUAAUCACUAGUGGAGAAAAGGAUGAGUACCAAUAAAAAGACUCUAAAACAAUUAAUAAAUGUGAACUUUUGCAUGCAUGGGUUUAACACUUCUGGUGGUUCAUGCAAGUCUUGUAUUUGUCUGUAAACCUCAUUUAUUCGUUUGAUGUACUGGCUCAUUAAAGUUCCUGUAAUAAAGAAAGAAUGUGAAGAUAGGAAACAAAA